AUGUUUAUCAAUCUGAUAUUGAUAGUACAGCUAUUUCAGAAAUCAAAAUGCACCAUGGCCGAUACGAGACAGCCCGAGACUAUCACGUUUGAGACUAUCAAAGUACCACAGGAAUUUUUGCAUGGUGAGAUUGAUGAUGCAACCCAGAGAUUAAACAUGCUAAUGGAUCCUACAAACACAGAGCCUAACCCUUUAGACCAAUAUAUCCUUGAGGACGAAGUAGAUCUUAUGAGGCUUCAAUUAACGACGCUUGGGCGUAUGCAGAUACAGCACUGGACAGGUGUUAGGAAGGAUGAUUUGACUAACUUUUUUGGAUCUCUGAAUCUUUUCACGAUGAAUUUAAUAAGGAAAUACGAUUUAAAGCUAGAUGCAGAGACCAUUGCAGACGUGAUAAAUUUCGGGAAUAUCGACAUGCUAAUUCUUUGCAAUGCAGCCAGCAUGAUGGCCGAUAAUCACGAAAAUAUAAUUAAGAACGGAUUGCACAAAGCAGAGCCGUCACCAGAACAGUUCAAGGAAUAUAUGAAAGGGGUCACAGCACUUUUAUGCACAUCAGCAGUUCUAAAGAACCCAAGGGCAUACGAAAGCAGUAAUCUCACACCUGUUGGUAACAAUCUCUUAAAUCCUGGAUAUAUGCUUUACAAUCUUUGGCGUCGCCAGGCAAAUCCACCUGUGUGGGCAAAUAACCCUAACGGAGACACCUCAUCGGACGACUCAGGACUUGAUGAUGAAUAG